AUGAACACAAUCGUCUUCGGUUUCAGGCAUGUACACCCCUUUUGCCCGCCUCUUAGAGCCCCUACUAACGCCCCCAGGCCACCCCUCGGCGAAUCCGCUACUGCUGGCAAUCGAGGCCGCAAGCGAGCCCAACAGCUACCUACUACUGCUCAUAAACGCGCGAAUGCGGAGAACACUGCGGAGAACAUUGCGGAGACAGUCAUCAGCAGCAGUGACACAACAGGCCUACUCUCCACGAUCUCACACCAAUCCACUCAGCCAGUGCAAGAGAAGUCAAUACAGCAGGUGAAUGCGGAGAACACUACGGAGAAACCAAGCGGCAACAAGGCCACCAUCGUCAAGAACACGGCUCAGCUCUCCAAGAUCCCACGUCAUAUCAGUCAUCCACUCAGUCAUCCACUCAGUCAGCCAUCCACUCAGUCAGCCACUCAGCUAGCCACUCAGUCUGAUACUCUACAAGAGGAGGAGCAAGAGGAGGAACUACAACAGGCAAAUGCGGAGAACACUGCGGAGAAACCAAGCGGCAACAAGGCCACCAUCGUCAAGAACACGGCUCAGCUCUCCAAGAUCCCACGUCAUAUCAGUCAUCCACUCAAGGAGGAGCAAGAGGAGGAACUACAACAGGCAAAUGCGGAGAACACUGCGGAGAAACCAAGCGGCAACAAGGCCACCAUCGUCAAGAACACGGCUCAGCUCUCCAAGAUCCCACGUCAUAUGCUCUCCACGGUUCCACAUCAAAUCAUCACUCAGCAAGCGGAGAACACCACUGCAACUUAG